AUGACAGAAUCAAUGUCUCAAACACAACUUGUAGAAGAUACUAAUCGUUUCGGAAAACAUAAAGGUAUUCGAACAUCAUUAUCCAGCAAUGGUACGUCAUCAACACCUAUAUGUACUGUUAUAUUUCAACCACACAGUACCCAAUUCCCGGUCAAAACUAUAGAACUCAAGGAUAAUGUCAAGUGUCGUAUAGGACGUCAAUCUAGUGCCAAGACUAUUCCAAAACCUUUAAAUGGUUAUUUUGACUCAAAAGUCUUAUCUCGAAACCAUGCUCUUUUAUGGCUUAGUGAAGGUAAAAUCUACAUCAAGGAUACAAAAUCAAGUAAUGGUACUUUUUUAAAUGGACAUCGAUUAUCUCCCGAACUGGAGGAAAGUGAACCUUUUGAAUUAAAAACUGGUGAUCAAAUUGAAUUCGGUAUUGAUAUUACUGGUGAAGAUGGUACUGUAUUAUAUCACAAAGUAGCUUGUACAAUCUCAAUUAUUCAUUUACCAGUGGACCAAAUGGAUCAUGCGACACUAAAAGAAUUCAAUUUAUCUACCAAUUAUGCUUCCCUCUUCUCUUCGUCGGACAUGGAAAUGCAACAAUCACGGCGAAGCUCAACAUCUUCUGUAGCAACUAUCUCUUAUCAUACAGGCAAAAAUACCAUUACUGAUCAAUCAUCUAAUCCAUCAUUGAAUUUAGCAACAAAACGAUCCAAGAAUUGGGAAUUAUUAAUUGGUAAACUAGAAAGUGAAUUACAAAGAUCUCAACAAGUGGAAAAAGAGUUACUGGAUAUGAAGGAAUUUAUUGGUGAUGUUGAUAAAGUAAACAAUGAAGAUCGAUUGAAAAAGAUGAAUGAUCUAAAUAUCAGUUUACAACAUCGACUCAACGAAGCACAACAACAACUUACAGCUUAUGCGGAAAAAACUCGUCUACAAGAUCUAGCCGUUGCCUCUGCACAAAAACAAUUGUUAGAAUUACAACAAGUCAUUGAAACAUCAAGGAAAGCUGGGAUGGCGAAACUAAACUAUGGACCAGAAAUGACAAAAUUACGACAGACUUUGGAACAAGUACGAUUUGAAUUGGAUCAAGAGAAAGUGAAACACAAUAAAGCAUUGAUGGCUGAAAAAAAAAGAGCAAUGGACUAUGAAAAGAAAUGUUUGGAAUUGGAGAAACAUCUUUUAUUUUUGGAACGUGAUCAACGAGUGAAUGGUACAACCAGUGUAACUAGAUCUGAUGGUGGCGGUUUUUUCUCUGGUCUGAUGGAUGCACUACAGAUUCGAUCUGUUCAAAUUGUAUUUGGUGUAAUGAUGGCUGUGAUAUCUACUCUUUUAUAUUUAUUACUAAUGAUAUGA